CAAGUCCUCAGGAAUACUGGUUGAGUUCGUUUCUGCUGAGCCACAAGGGGAACUCCCACAUGUUCUUAUGUAUAUAUAUAAGCACAUACCUAUUUGUCGUUCUUUUAUAAAAAUUGGCAUCAUACUGUGUACUCUUCAUAGGAUCUCAUGAAAGUCCCUCCUAGUCAUCUGCUGAAGGUCAGGCGCAUCCUUUUGAUUGCUUGGGUAGCGUUUUGAGUGCAGGUGAACUGAUUUAUUCAAUCAUUCCUCUGCUGAUAGUCACCCACUUUAGCUGCAGCAACGAUUCUUGUAGAAUGGUCUUUCACAGGUGAAUAAAUUGCUACCCAACAUUCACUGCCUUGAAAUCUUAAAGAUUGCCAUGAACCUUUUCUGAAUUAAAAAAAAAAAACAGAGAAAUGCAUGCUUUUAGACUAUAGAAACCCUAAUCUCACUUGCCAGAAAUGACUGCCAUUACAUUUGGAGUCUAUUUUUCCAGGCUCCCUUUCCAUGUGUGUGCCAGCGUAUACAUGCAUUUAUCCUUAACAGAAAUGGGCUUAGAAUACACCUCUGCAGCUUUCUCAGAGGUGACCUUUAAUUGCUGAUGACGUUUAAUUGCUGUGUUUUCUGGCCUUCAUUUCUCAUCAUGGCUCACUCUGGAGCACCCUAGUCUUCCUGCUCACUCAUCCUGUCUUGUGUGUGUUUCUUCUCCUUUCUCUAUCUCUUACAUGUAGCCGCUCCUCAAAUUUCAGUCCCCCUAUUUCCAAGUAUUUGUUUUUCUAGUUGGACAGCCCAGGAUCACACGGGUUAAGCCUUUUCCCUCGUUUCUCCCUUUUCUGGAAAUAUUUCUGGCCUUUCCCUCAGUUACCCUGGCUCCUGGCUUCCAAGUCUCCUUUCCUUUGGUUCUUCUUUCUCCUUUGGUCUUUACAUUUGAGCUGUCACCAAGACAGGUUCGGUUAGGACACCAUUGGUCAGUCUUCAGUCUUCUUCCUCCUCCCUCCUCCUCCUCUCUCAUGCUGAUGAAUUUUCACAAUUGCCUUUCAUCCUGUUCAGCCUCCCUGGCGGAGGUGUUUAGGAUUCUGCAUUCUGCUUCCAUUUUUCCUUCCUUUUUCCUCUUCUACUAUUCCUCCAAUCUCCUCACAUCCCCCCUUCCUUCCCGCCAAGGAGCACUUUGUCAAGCCAAGCUCUGUCCCCUGAGCCUGUCGGGGCUUGACUCUUUCCUGGCCAUUCCCGUGCCAUCUUAGUGUGCCCUCUCGAUUCCUGCUGGUGGGGCUUGCUGAUGAGGUGGAUUGAUGCCCCAGGGAUCUUAAGAGAACACUGUCUUCCAUCCUAUGGAGGGGCCGCUGACCCAGUGGAAGUGUGCCCUCUGGGUUCUCAGAACAGAGUUCCACGGGCUGGACUUCUGAGCACUCCCACCUGAUUCCACGUGGCCGCUGUGCCGCGAGGAGAGUUCCGUCAGCGCUGCCAAAGAGGUCCUGCCUCCAUCGAGGGCGGGUGGGAUGCCUGCAGUGGAAAGACAGGGGCCCGCCUGCCCUACCUCUGGGGUUUGUGUUUGACCCUUUGGAAAUAUGCUUGUCCUGGACCAUUUUUCCCUAAUCUGUAAAUUGCGGUUGGAUCCCUACUUGGCCUCCUAAACCUUUUUCUACUUCCAGACAAAGGGCGACUCCCUUUAGGAAGCCUCUGUCAUUAAGCCAGGAGUGUGGUAACUUGGCAAGCCCAGGGCAUCAGUAGGACAGCUCUUCCUAUCAGAGGAAAGAAGGUGUAAGUGCUGAAAAUCUCCCUGUUGGAGGAGGCCUUGUGGAAAGAAGGGUACUCAUCAGAUGUGGGCAGGGGGUCCGUGAGCACAGGGCAGCCACUCUUUGCUUUGACCCUGACUUUUCCACUCUCCUGUGACCCAGCUAGGUCAGCUUCCCACAUGGUCCUCACAAAGACUGGAGUUAAAGUGACUAUGAUUCCCUAUUCUAGGUCAAGACCAAUGUCUUCCGAGGAUGCAAGAGAGAGCCCUCCAUCUCAAAAGGUGUCCUCUGCAGGUGGAUUCUGGAAGAACAAGGAGGUUCUUAGCUCCCAGACCCCAUCCGCCUCCCUUAGCCAGACCUCCGACUUCCAACACGAGUCUCUGCUGUUCACCAAGCCACACCUGGCUGAGAUGGAGAAAAUCUUUCAAAAUGAAGUCAACUCGACUGGAGCCCUGGACAUGAAGGCUUUCGUCAAGGCUGUGAAGAAGAUUCUGAGCCAUGUGACAGAUGAGAUGCUGGAGCUGCUGUUUUUGAAGGUGGACACAGACUGUAACGGCCUCGUGACCUGGGUGAGGAGGGCGCCCCCGCUGCCUCAGCAGGAGUACGUGGAUUACGUGAUGAGCCACUUCCAGGGGAAGGAGAAGAUGACGAGGAGCCAGGACCGCCUACGCUUCCACCUUCCCAUGCGGAUCAUUCCCCUGAGUCACAGGUGUGAGAUUGUGAAGGUGAAGUUUUUAGUCCAGCAGCUCAAAAAGAUGGGGCAUUUCCUGACUGUCACCAAGGACGGGAUCCUGCAGUUCUGGUCGGGGUCCUUCUCGCUGACUAGCUCCUUCAGGCUUUACCAGAUCCAGCCACUCCACCACCAGCAGAUGUGGGUCGUUGACAUGGCGUGUCUGCACAACAUGAAUCUUGUUGCGAUUGCAUCGACUGACCAGAAGAUAGAGUUCUUUGAUAUCAGUCACCAGAAAUGUGUCCGGGCCUUCACUUUCAUCGAUCUGGACAGCUGCGUCCUGACCAUGGACUACUGGUCUGACUGUCGCAGAGCUGUGUUCUGCUUUGGGGACACCAAAGGCAGUGUCAUCAUCUUCACCUCUGACGAUGUGACCAACGGGCUGUUCAACCCCCAAGUCCUCCCCAGGACCUCCAAAUGGGAUCACUGGACCAGCGUUUCCACAGAGAAGCUCUUAAAUGAGAAGUCUCCUAUGUAUAGAAGUUACCGGCUGAAGGCUCUCCAUCCCAACUGGUGUCAACUGGUCAAGUUCAUCCCCCAGCUGAAUGUGGUGGCCUCCUGUUCUGCCAUUGACAAGUCCUCGCUGGUGCUGACAGUAUUGCCGUCCAAAGCCCCUGAGAGCCUCAAGUUUUCAGUGCUGAAUUUAAGAAAAGGGAUUCUUUGCUUCGAUUAUUGCCCAGAAAAGAACGUCCUGGUGACUGGUGGCUAUGACCCCCUCAUCCGCCUGUGGAACCCCUUCUUCUCGAAGAAGCCCCUGUGGCUGAUGAAGGGGCACCAGACCUCGGUGACACACAUCCUCGUGAACAGCAACAACAACAGCAUCCUGCUCAGCAUCUCCAAGGAUAAGAAUAUUCGCGUGUGGGACAUGCAGGACUACGAAUGUCUGCAGUCCUUCUGCGGGAAGCUUUUUGCUCUGGGACACCGGCCUAUCACCAGCGCCUACUUCCACAAGGAUGACAACAGCCUUGUCUGCAGCACCUGUUCAAUUGGCAUCCUGAAAGGGUACUUGGAGACACAGGGCCCUGGGAGAGCAGAGGCGAAGACCACGACUUACAGCUCGCCGCUGUGCGCCGUCCUCUACAGCAAGGUUUUCAAGCAGGUGGUGAGCGGCUGCCUGAGCGGCGUGGUGAGUGUGUGGGAGGUCGUGUCGGGCAGGAGGAGGAUGGAGUUCUCCGUGACUGGUGACCAGCACGUGGAGCUGACCGCCAUGUCCCUGGACGAGUCAGAGGGGUGCCUGCUCACGGGUCUGCGGGACGGCACCGUGAAGAUGUGGAACCACGCCGCUGGCGAAUGCCUGCUGACCUUCCCCAACCCGGACCAGAUGGAGAUUAGUGGGAUCGUCCACAUGAACAAAGUAUUCUACGUGACGGGAUGGAGUAAGAGAAUCACUUACUUCAUGUUCCACAAGACCAAGCCGGUGCUCUUGUGCUACCACUGGCAGACCUUCCACACGGAGGACGUCCUGAGCAUGGCCAGGUACCAGAACCAGUUCCUCGGGACCUCCUCCUACAACGGGGACAUCCUCUUCUGGAACAUCAGCAUGUUAAAGCCCAUCUUCAACUUCAACGCCUCUCGGAGCCCCUUGCCCUUGCUGCCCAAGAGGGUGCAGGACAUGGCCAACUGCGAGACUGAGAGCCACAGGCUCAGCAAGCCCUAUGUGGAGCACAAGUGGGCAUACAAAACCCCCAUGCAGCCCCUGGGCUCUAGCGCCAGGGUCACCGCCAAUACCAGCCUGAGGCGGAACCUGAUGUCGGCGCCCCCGGUGAUGAGACAUCUGAGAGACAAGGAGCCAGCGGGGCCUGUGCCCCUGCAGAAACCUCUCAGCACUGGCAACCUCCGUCCGUCAAGAAUACCCCAUGGCAACCGGGCAGUUUUGGGAGAGGCUGAAAGAAGGGGGGAGCUCCACAAGAAGCUGUUGCUGCAGUCCAGUGCAUCGGUGGAAAAGAUCAUCUUCUUACAGACCAGGCCUCGCCUGCCCCACACGGCUGCCCUGCUGAGCAGCUGCAUGGAUGGCUACAUCUAUGCCUGGUCCAUCCACGGCAGCGGAGGCCUGCUGGGAAAGUUCCCCGUGGACAUUGAAGACAAAGGGGACGUGGUUGUGGGUGCCAUGGCCACUGAUGAAAAUGACUGGAUUCUUGUCACCGGGGAUUGUAAAGGACACAUCAAGAUCUGGGACAUCAAGGAUUACUGCACAUUUACUGAUAAGCCACCGACCCAUCCUGGUAGAAUAAACAAGUUUCAGUUCUUAAUUCCUGAGCGGAUUCAAAUCAGCCUCCCAAACUACACUCCCUUAGAGGAGAAAAAGGUUGUGGCUGGUCAAACCAUUUCCCUGGUUCCGCCCAAGCUUCUGAUUACCUGGAAGGGCCAUUUGGAUAGUGUGGCAGACAUCCUGUAUGUGGACAGCUUCCAGCUGGUUCUCAGUGCUGGCCAGGACCGGAAUGUCAAAGCUUGGAAACUCUCUGGUGACGCCAUUGGGACAUUUGGCCUGAAUGUUUGGAAAAGGCUGCAGGAUGCCCCGAUGAUUAGUGACCAUGAACUAAGACAAAGCUUGAAGGAGGAGGGUGACCGCGUAGACCCUGCUGAGAACGCCUUCCAUCCCCAGCUUCAGGAGGAGCGGGAUCUUGCCGAGGUCCUGGUGUACCAGCAGCGGGAGCAGGUGGCCCUCAUGGCUCUCCUGAAUGGGAAGGCGGACACAGAGGCCGAGGCUUGGGCCAGGCUGCAGAAGAUAACCCUGACAUCCCCAUGGGCUGGAGAGCGCUCCCCGGAAGACAUUGAGAACAGCUGGUACAAGUGGGAGUCCAAGGGCAAGCAGGUGAGGUUGCGGGGGCACAGGGAGCGGGUGGAGGGGAGCCCUUGGCCCUCAGUCCCAAGCCUUGGCCCUCGCCCACGACUCCCACAGGUGAGCAAGGUCCUGGGAGCCGUGUACCAGCGCAAGGAGCGGUCACGGAGUCCCCGACUCCUGUUGACCAAUGUGCAGUUUGGCUGGAUGAAGCAACAGAUCUCACCUCAGAUCUACCAAAGCCUGCACUUCAAGGAGCUGGCGCCCACCCAGCAGCCUGACUUCAUGAUGCACAAGGUCCUGGACCAGCAGGGCCGGCUCACUCUGCGGGGGACCAUGCCCAACUACACAGCCAGCACAUCUGCUGCCACGGCAUCCUCUCCCACCUCGAGCUCUCCAUCAACCUCAGGCUCUGGGUUUCUGGAGCUCAGUGUGCCCGCCUCCCCGCAGCUCCAGCCCUUCCAGGCCUUGCCGCAGCCCUGCUCAGCCCCCGUGCCCAGUCCCCCCGCACUGUCCUGUCCCAGGUAUCCAGGCACAUCCUGCAGAGGCCAGUGAACCCCAGGCACAUUGUCCCUUCCCUCAGCCUGCUCCCCAGGCCUCUGAAGGUCGCCUUCUGUCCCGUGGGGGAGGGUUCCCACGUCAGGCUCCAAGGUGGCCCACCGCCUCUCCUGUCCUCCUGCAGGGCCAGCAGCCCCGCGGGUUUUGUCUGUCCCUGGCUUCCCUCUGCCAGGCCCAGAGGGUGCAGACCUUGCCCUGGCUGUCCCCACUCUGCCUGUCUGGUGAAGCUGGCCUUCUUCACCAGAGUCCCAGAGGAGAAAAUAAAUGUUCUCAGAUGUUGGAGUCCCAGCGGCCUUGA